UGCUUACAGCAAAUAAAAUGAGCCUGUUUUAGAGGGGAGAAGAAUUGAGGAGAUUAUGCCUGAAUACAUCAUAAGAAAGAAGAAAUAAGAAUUUUUUUAAUGUAAAUUGUGCAUUGAUGUCACCCACAAUCGCAAGAACAACAUUACGAAGAGCUUCACUAUGACCUGAUGCUUUUCAUUGAUGUGUUUGCACUGACAAUCUAUGGGUUAUAUAUCUUUACAGAGGAUUCUGACUGAAAGCAAAAGAGUAGUUAAAGAGGGGCCCCUUUAAACGUUGGCUAAUAAGAAAUGUUGAACAGUCUAAGAAAUGAAUUUCCCUUUGCAAAGAAUUAUGCAAAUUAUGUCAUUGUAACCGGUUAGGUAAUUUUGUGUAUUGUAAUGUUGCUUUAUUUUUUAAUCACAUGAGGGAAUAAUGUCCUCUUCAAAAAAUAAAAUAAAAUAAGAAAAAAAAAUAUGACGUGGUUUGGGGAAGCAUUGCUAAUGUUAAGCCACAUUUAGUUGGUGCUGUUGUCACACGUUUUUUAGGAUCAGGGGGCGAGAAGUUCACAUUAUUGUUUCUCCUUUCCUCUUUCUCCUCCCUCAGUUCAUGACGUUUUUAAAAAAAUAUAUAUUUUGAAUUGUGCCUUGUUUCGUCAAUGCAGUCACUUCACUUUAAUGCAGUCACCUUAUGUACUUAAUUCAAAUGUAGUGGACUACAGGAGAAUCCUACACAAGCCUCUCAAUUAAACAAAGACUGCACAAAUGACACUCCACUAAACUCACACACAGAUCCAGUGAUGGCAAUCUCCCCUGAUGUAUAUUUAUGCAUACAGCUUCCAGUCACAGAUACUUGAUGUCACCAUCGGGGUGGGGGUAUUUCCUGACCGUCUGUAAAUAACAUCAACUUUUGACUGGUUAGCUUAGUUUUGGAUCAUUGUUCUUAUAGUUGUAUCUUUAAUAGUGUUUUAGAUAAGUAACACAGACACCACAGCACUGAGGUAGCUCUUCUUAAAGACACUUGUCAAAGAGAUUGAGGCCACACUCGUGACAUAUGAGAAGGUCAACUAGUCCUCAGACCCUUAACUGGGCUCUCAUCUAAUUGAACAUGGACACACCCACACACACACACACACACACACACACCACAGUGACAGCUGGGUCAGUCAGGUACUCGCACUCUGCCUGUUCAGGUGUUUGUAGGAAAAACCAAAGCUUCAAGAUCUGCCAUUAGACAGAGUGUGUUUGUGUUAGUGUGUGAUACACACCCGCCUGCCCCUCUGCAUCAUUAGUGAACCCGUCUUGUUCUAUCAUUGCUCAUCACAGAUGCCUUUGUUGCAUGAAAAUCCUAUUUUUUUUUCUUCUUUUUUUUUAAAUGUUUGUCGUUGGUGUUGAUGUUGUACUUUUUAAUUUGUGAAAGCCAAAGGUUACUUUCAAAUUGUGUACUUUUUUUUUUUUGUUCAUAGGGAAACAUUUCUGUUUGCACCUGUAUCUGAAAAUAUAGAUUGCAUAUAUAAAUACGUAUAUCAUUCAUCUCUGUCUGUGAGUUUGGUUUUUGAUACGAGUGACUGAGUGUUUAUUUAGCCUGAGUGUUUAUCACUUUGUUGGAAAGGAUUCUUUUUUUUAAAAAUCCCUUUUAAUUUUUCUAUCAAAGUACACCAAAAAAACUGAUGGAAAAUGAAACAACAAAGGACACACUGCUAGAAGCUUUGGUAGCUUGUCACCUUCUGUCCUGAACAAAGGGAUGCGGUGGGAGUGUAUUGGAGCUACUGGAACUCUGGCUUGUGAACAGAUGAGCCUGUAACUGCAGGGAGCUGAUUCAGGGAAUAUUGGAGCCUGGGGGGUACUAUACAACAGAGAGGAACAUUGCACAGCAAUGGUAAACAAGGCCUUUAAUCAAUCAGCAGAUGUGUGAAAGCAGGGAACAGUCAAGAAAAAGGAGGAUGUGAAUGGAAGCUGUCCAAGUUUGUUUAGGAGGUUAUAAGUAGAGGAGCGAACUGUGCCAGGAUACGAAACAGACCUCAGCUGUUGCACUGGACCAGGCUGUCAGACAUCACCUUCUAUUUCUUCUCAUCGACUGCCCUCCUUGUUGCCUCUACCUCAAGUUCCUCUUCGGAGCCAUGCAUCCCCAGCGUCCUCUUCCUCAGGCCACGCCCUCCUCCUCUCUGGGACAGCACCUGAGGGACAUGGCCAUGGGUCUGGGGAGAGGCAAGAACUUCCUUGGAGGAAACGUUGCAUAUGGUUUCAUCCAGUCAGUUAAGGAAUGCCUCUACUUCCUCCUCUGCUGCUGGUGCAUCAAAGAGAUCCUGGACUGACAAACUGAAAGAGAGUAGAUCGAGUGGUCAAACAUUGAUUUUCUCUUUCUCUCCGUUGGCUCCUAUAGUGUAAUUUCAACCAGCUUUUAUUUCAUGGGGAAUGGAGUGUUUGAUCAGCGGUGCUGGCAAAGCAUUGGCAAGUACGAGUCUUGUCUCAUAUGACAACAAACCACUUGAGCACUUAGCAAACUCUAAUUUAUAUAAUGCAGUUUAUGUUUUGAACGGUUGAAAGUGAGGUUCUCAAUUUUAGACGGCAGCAAUUUCAAUGAGGAAUAGGUGUACUCCAUCAUAGACUUAUUUAAUAUGUUAAAUAUGUUUUAAUCUGUUUUUCAGUGUCUAUGGGAGGCUCUUCUUGGGUCCCAGGAAACACACUUUUACAGAAGCUACAAAUGUUCACCAUGAGACUGAGUCAAAGUUUCUUGAGUUCAACCCUGUUCAUCUUGAGGAAUGGCAACCCUGAUGUUCACUGUACAACACAAA